ACUGGUGAGGGGACAUAUUCGACACUUUCCUCGAGCCAUUGGAAAUCCAAGGAUCCCCUGCUCGGGCCCAGCACACUUCUAAGACCAAGAAACGGGCACAAACUGGUGAUCACAGCUUCCGAGGUUCCAGCCGAGCCCCGUCGCUUGGGCACCGGGUUUGGAGCCGCUUCCUCCCGCGCCGGUGCCACUUCUCCCGGGCGGCGCAGGCCACGCCCCGGGCCGCCACGCCCGCCUUCGGCAGCACCUGGACUCUGGCCCCCCGCUACCCCAAACCUCGCCCCUUGCUAAGCAACCAAAUCGCCCUGGAGACCGGAAGAGGAAGGAGAGGUGCCGCAGCUCGAGGAGCCGAAGGGGCGGGUGUACGCAGUCUCCUUCGCCUCAGCUCGCUGUGGGGCCUUCAGAGCGUCCUGGUCGCCAUGAAAACAGGCCACACCCCGUCGAUCCCCGCCCGUGGUUCGCCAGUGCGCAGGCGCGCGCGCCCUCCGGCGCAUGAGCAGUGCUGCUCGGAGCCCGCCAGCCACUGUCUCGGGCGCCAGCGACGCGGCUGCCGCUGUCACUAUGGCCCAUUACAAAGCCGCCGACUCGAAGCGCGAGCAGUUCCGGAGGUACUUGGAGAAGUCGGGGGUGCUGGACACGCUGACCAAGGGUGAGCACGGGCUAGUAUUGGUAGCCUUAUAUGAAGAACCAGAGAAACCUAGCAGUGCUUUGGACUUUUUAAAGCAUCACUUAGGAGCUGCUACCCCAGAAAAUCCAGAAAUAGAACUGCUUCGCCUAGAAUUGGCAGAAAUGAAAGAAAAAUAUGAAGCUAUUGUAGAAGAAAAUAAAAAACUGAAAACAAAGCUUGCUCAGUAUGAACCACCUCAGGAGGAGAAGCGUGCUGAAUAGGAUUCUUCUCAGUUGAAAAGACACUGAAAAAUGGUUUUGUAUGACUUGAAUAGUUUGUAUAGUAUAUAAUCUUUUCUGAACAGAUGCUAUAUAACUCUUUUAAUAUGUUAAAUUCACAUAUCUCACUUUAAAUGUUAUAAACACAUUUAGAAUCACCAAUAAAAAUGCAAUACAAUUUUUUGGGAGGUCUUAAAAGCAGAAGAAUCCAAAGUGAAUCCUGAAAAGCAUCUAAACACAGUCAUCUUAUUAUCUUAACAGACAUUCUGUUUAUCAAUCUGACUAGAAGUGAUGGUACUGGUUAUAACUUGAGCAUGAAGCUAUUCCUUAGUUUAGUUCAGAAUGUAUGCACAGGUACAGCCAUUCUCUAAAAUGAAGAUAACACUUUAUAUUCUUUGCAGGCAGCUGGAGAGAUCUGUGUGGCAUAAGAUGCUUUUGCUUGGGUUCCCAUGAAUCUCUUGCUAGUUUAUGUAACACAGAACUGAUAACUCUUCUUGGCCACCACUUUGCCUUAGAUAACCAAGUGUGUGCCAGCUUGUACUGACACCACAUUUUCCUUCUAUGCAAUCAUGCCCUAUCUGAUAAUGUUGCCUUGCUUUGCUCUGUACUUCACUGAGUCCUAGUUGCAUAUCAGCCAUUCUUUCAAUUUGCUAUAAUAGCAGUUACCAUGAUUGUAAUUUAUAUAACUUUCAACAGAAUCACAAUGUUCCCCUGCCUUACUUAGCUUAGUUGAGCACAGAACAUGGAAAUAUAAAAUUCUGGAUUCACACACAAGCUGGCAUGAGGAGUGAGCCAUAUAUUGUGGAAAAUUAUAGUCUGUGGGUCUAAUUACAUAGUGCAUUUUCCCCCUCAAAGUAUUUUUCUAGUCUUGAAUUCAUUUUAUCUUCAUUAUCCCUGUGAGGUAGGACAAGUAUGAAGGGAAGUUGGGUGCUGAAUUUUUAGGCCAAAGACUGAUAGUAAUACAAAUUAUUUACUAACUGUUGAACUUUGGGCAUACCAGUUAACUACUCUGAGAUUCACUUUACUCAUCUGUUAAAUGAGAAGAAUAAUCUGUGCUGCCUACCUCACAGGGUUGUUGUGAGGGUCAAAUGAGAAUGUAUGUGAAAGAUUUGUAAAUGGUAAAGCACUAUAUUCUUG